AUGCCGGCAAAAGCAGCUCAACCAAAAAAAAAAGAAAAAGAAGCAUCCGGUGGUAGUUCAUCUGGUGCUAAAGCUAAAAAGAAGAAAUGGUCAAAAGGAAAAGUUCGCGAUAAACUUAACAAUAUGGUCUUAUUCGAUAAAGCAACUUAUGAUAAAUGUGUUAAAGAUUUACCACAAUAUAAAUUAAUUACACCGGCUAUUGUUUGUGAACGUUUUAAAGUUCGAGGUUCUCUUGCUCGUUCAAUAAUACGUGAACUUGUUCGUCGUGGUCUUAUACGAUCUGUUGUUAAACAUAGUAGACAAGAAAUUUAUACACGAUCAACAAAAGAAGAUGCACCAGGUGAUCAAGAUAUUGGUAAAGAAGGUACAAGUGAAAAGAAAGUGGCGCCGGUAAAAAAGGGGCCAAAAAAACAAGCUAAAGCUGAUGCAACAGCUGCAGCUGAAGAUGCUUUAGCUGAAUAA